AUGAGUUGUUCAGUGCCUGUCAGUGAAUCUGGCAAAGCUGCACAAGUCACACAGCAAUGUGCCACAGCAAUGAAGUCACACAAGCUUCCAAGUAAACGAGAGAGAUCGAGAGGCCUCCCUGCCUGUAGCAGACGCUGUGCGGGGCUUCCGAGGGCCGGGCUCCAGGCGGGGCCAUCGUGCCGUCUCAGCCCGCCUGCUAGCCUCGCGGCAUUUUCUUUUCCGUUCGCUGUAUCCAGCAGCAGCUCCCUUGCUGCGGUCAUGUUGGCGGCGAGGUUAGCGACCUGCCGGCAGCCCUUCCUCUCGUCGCCGCCUGGGCUGCUGCUCAGGGGGAUCCCGGCGGGCCACGCUUCGUUUCAUUCCUCGGCGCAGCAACUCCGCGGAGCCAAAGUCGCUGUGGUCCUAUCCGGAUGUGGUGUUUAUGAUGGCACUGAAAUCCAUGAAGCUUCAGCCAUAUUGGUCCAUUUGAGUCGUGGAGGAGCCAGUGCUCAGAUGUAUGCUCCAGAUAUUCCUCAGAUGCAUGUUAUUGAUCACUGCAAAGGACAGCCAACUAAGGGUGAAUCAAGAAAUGUCUUAACAGAAUCAGCAAGGAUUGCUCGUGGCAAAGUUACAGAACUGACUAAACUUACUGCAAAAGAUCAUGAUGCUGUGAUAUUUCCUGGGGGCUUUGGGGCUGCCAAAAACUUAUCUACCUUUGCUGUGGAUGGGAAAGACUGUAAAGUAAAUGGAGAAGUUGAACGUGUGCUAAAGGAUUUCUACAAAGCUGGGAAACCCAUUGGUCUGUGCUGCAUUUCACCUGUUUUGGCUGCAAAGGUUCUUCCUGGUACUGAAGUCACAGUAGGGCAUGAAGAAGAGCAAGGUGAUAAAUGGCCUUAUGCUGGAACUGCUGCAGCCAUUAAAGCAAUGGGAGGAAAACACCAUGUUAAAGAAGUAACAGAUGCCCAUGUUGACACAAAGAACAAAGUGGUAACUACUCCAGCCUAUAUGUGUGAAACAGAAUUGCAUCACAUCUUUGAUGGUAUUGGGACUAUGGUAAAAAAUGUGUUGAGGCUGACAGGCAAAUGAAACAGAAGUCCAUGCUAGCAACAUAAUAGGUUGCAGACUUCACAAUACUGAUUUGCUUCUGUGCUCAGGGUUGCAUUGGAAUGACUUGUUUAAUUGCAGGGCACUGGAACUGUUUAGGCCUAUAGAAUAAUUGCCCUCUGCUUUUUUCGUUAGCAUUCAGACAAUAUAGCUGGAAACUCCAUAGAUAGAUAAAAUUUCCACUCAACAAAGUGAAUAAAACCUGUAAGAAAUUUCAUUAUCAUGGUCCUAGCAGUUAAAAUGGAGUAAAUUAGUGAGUGAUCUAAAAAUUGUGGAGCUCAGUAUGUGGAUUGCUAUCAUGGUAAAGUCUCCAGUGAAGCUAGUAUUCAAGAAUUACAGGGUUAAGGUUUUCUCACUUGAUGCUACUUCUGGAUGGUUAUAGUAAAAUUUCUGUGUCUUGUCUGAACCUAAUUAAUGAGAAUAUUUCCAGUCAUUUGAUAAAGUGAAGAUUAUUUGAAUUAAAAUUGUAGCCUUUAGAAUACACAAAACAUGAAAUAAAACAAUGUCUUUGUUCUUGGCAUAAUUGUAUUUGGCUUGAUUUCACAAAAUUACUAGAAAUAACAAUAUGGCAAUUUGUCCUAAAUACACACACACACACACACACAUCAUGGAAAUAGUUAUGUCUACAUAC